AUGGCGGUACGGCCAGCGAUGGGCAUGUGGCUGCUGCUGCUGCUGCUGGUGGCCCCGGCGCACUCAGCAGCACCCCGGCACACCGCGGUGCUGGCCGACGGCGGGGGCAGCGGGGACGGUGAGGAGGUCUCGGCCGCACCACCCAUCCACCGUGUGACGCCGGGGACCGGCCCGACGUUGGGGGACGCGGCGGGGACCACAGUCACCAACAGCUCGGCGCCGGGUGGCAUGCUGGACGGGCUGGUGGACUUCUUCAAGGAAUACAUGCUGCUGGUGGUGGUGGUGGGCUCGCUGGCCUUCGUCCUCCUCUUCAUCAUCUGCGCCGCCGUCAUCGUCCGGCAGAAGCACAAGGCAUCCGCCUACUACCCUUCCUCCUUCCCCAAGAAGAAGUACGUGGACCAGCGAGACAAGGCUGGGGGGGCCCGGGCUUUUAGUGAGGUGCCCGAGAAAGCCCCCGACCCCAGCGCCGAGGAGCCCCUCGACUGCAGCCGGCAGCUGCAGGCAGACAUCCUCGCGGCUGCCCAGAACCUCAAAUCCCCCCCCAAGGCACCGCUGGCCAACGGGACCCGGGGGGAGCAGAAACCCCCUGCCGAGGAGGAGGAGGAGGAGGAAGGAAGCAAAAAGUUAGGCGAUGAGCAAUCCACUGAGCCCCCUCCCCAAAAUGCAAGUGCUGAGGAAGCAGUGGGUGCAACGGGAGCACGGGGAGAGGGGGCCCCCAACGCAGCCCAGGAUGGCUCCCCGGCCCCCCCAAGCGUCUAG